GGGCGGUCUACGGUGCUGUGCUGUACCGGAGCCGAAAAGAUGGCUGCUAGCAACUAUUUCGGGUUCACACAUGGUACCGGUCCGCAAUACAGUACCCAGCCCCCCCCGGCCUACUCACACCCGUCUACAGCCACAUACAGCGUGCAGCAGGCUCCCACCGUGGCCCAUGCUGUGACGGCGUCCUACUCUCCAGCUCCCGUCCAGGCAGCCCGACCUGUGGCCUCAGCCCCAUACCCGACCUAUCAGAGCCACCAAGCACCUCCAGACUACACCUUCAGGCAGCCAGAUCCACCACAGCCCACCACCACCCCUCAGACGUACCAGGUAUACUCUGACACGGAAAAUUAUAGCUAUGUGCCGACUGUGACGACUUAUGACAACAAACAAUAUUACCAGACAAGCAUCGCUCCAGCUCAGAGGACACCCACGGAUAACUACUAUCAGACUGUAUCAGUAGGAGUGAAGAGUGCAUACAGCCCAGCUCCCUCCACUGUGUACAACCAGCCCCCUCUUCCCCAGAGGCAGGUGACUGCCCUAAAACCUUUGGUGCCCUCCAGCGCCGUGUCUACCAGCUACAACAUUUACCCAGCAUCCAGCAGCGUCCAGCAGCCUCCAACGCCCAUCUCAUCUUACACCCUUGGCUCCUCGUUCAGCUCCACAGUUGCACCCACCUCCUACUCUGGCAUUAGCUACUCUGGUUAUGACCCUGCUGGCUACACCUCUACAUCCACUCCCUCCUAUUACCAGCCAACUCAGCAGACUCUCUCCCAAUCUCAACCUCCACCUCACCAACCCCAACAGCCCCAGGCCCCUGUCCCGCCACCUCCCAAGCAGCUGACAAGUUCCUCCUGGAGUAACUCUGGGAGCAACAUGGUUACAGCUCUGACCGGAAACACCUAUAAAAAACCCACCUUUCAUCAAAACAAGCUACAGCGGCCUAAAGGACCCCCGAAGCAGCCUCAGCUUCAUUACUGUGACAUUUGCAAGAUCAGCUGUGCAGGACCUCAGACGUACCGAGAGCACAACGAGGGCCAGAAGCAUAAAAAAAAGGAAGCAGCCCUGAAGGCAGGGGGGCAAACUGGGACCAGCAACGGGCCCAGAGGAGUCCAGACCCAGUUACGCUGUGAAUUAUGCGACGUAUCCUGCACGGGAGUGGAUGCCUACGCUGCACAUAUUCGUGGAGCCAAACACCAGAAGGUGGUGAAACUUCACACUAAGCUUGGAAAACCGAUACCGUCGACUGAACCGGUGUUGGUGAAUUCUGCUCCAGCUGUUACCACCUCAACAGCUGGGAAACCCACUGUGUCCACAUCCAUUUCAGCCCCCUCAGUGUCAUCCAAACCAGUGGCCUCAGUAAAAACAACCCUGCCAGUCAAGAAACCAACUCCUACCAAAAUAACUCCCAGUUCUAUCAAACCAACCAGUGCUCCAACAGCAGCAACAGCACCCGUUGUGGCAGCUAAAGUGGUGGAGCCUGUUCAGCCUUUAGUCCAGAAGAUGGAGCCACAGAGUGAUGAUGACAGAGCUGGAGGUCAAGCUGACGUCCAGCCUGUGGGACAUGACUAUGUAGAGGAGAUUCGUAACGAGGAUGGAAAGGUGAUCAGAUUUCACUGUAAACUGUGUGAGUGCAGCUUCAAUGAUCCCAAUGCGAAAGACAUGCACCUGAAAGGAAGAAGGCACCGACUGCAGUACAAGAAGAAGGUGAACCCAGAGCUUCCUGUGGAGAUUAAGCCCAGUAACCGGGCCAGGAAACUCCAGGAGAGCAAACUUAAAAAGCAGAAGCAGAAGGCAGUGCUGAAGAGACAGAGAGAUGAUGAGCAGCGCUGGCACAUGGAGAUGAGGCGAUAUGAGGAGGAGAUGUACUGGAGAAGGAUGGAGGAGGAGCAGAUGUACUGGGGGGAGCAGCGACGCAGGAUGGCCCCCCCACCUCUGAUGAGUCGCCCCGGUAUGCCGGUACCCCCUCUACUGAACUGCGUCCGUCGCCCCGACUCUGCAGAUGACCGUCACAUCAUGGCCAAACACUCCACCAUUUACCCGGCGGAAGAGGAGCUCCAGGCUGUCCAGAGGAUCGUCUCCCACUCAGAGAGAGCUCUUAAACUGGUGUCAGACUCUCUGCUUGAAAAGGAAACAACCACUGCUCCUAAGGAAGUCGAAGAAAAAAGUACUGAGAGUGCCGCCCGGCUGCUCAAAGGUGUGAUGAGGGUCGGCAUCCUGGCCAAAGGCCUGCUGCUUCGCGGUGACAGAAAUGUAGAGCUAAUCCUGCUAACUGCUAAGAAACCCACCAUCUCUUUACUGAAGAGCAUCACCAUGCAGCUGCCUAAGGAGCUGGCGACAUUUUCUGAAGAUCAGUAUGAGGUGCAGGCUCACCCCGAGGAGGCGAACAUCGUGAUUAUUUCAAGCCAGGAGCCCAAAAUGCAGGUGACCGUUUCUCUCACCUCGCCACUGAUGAGGGAGGACCCUGCUGCUGAGAAGGACAUGCAGGCAGGAGGAAAAGCGGCUGAGAAAGAUGUGUCUGAGAAGGAUCCACCUGACCUUUUAAAUAAGAAGAAAUGUUUGGAUUAUCUGGCUUCUCUUCGACAUGCUAAAUGGUUUCAGGCUCGUGCAAACGGACUGCAGUCAUGUGUGAUCAUCAUUAGAGUGCUCAGAGAUUUAUGCCAGCGUGUUCCCACCUGGGGGAGAAUGCCUGGAUGGGCGAUGGAGCUGCUGGUGGAGAAGGUGAUCAGCAGUGCCGCCGGUCCGCUCAGCCCAGGAGAGGCCAUGCGCCGGGUGCUGGAGUGCAUCUCCACAGGAAUCCUGCUACCAGAUGGACCAGGUUUGAUGGACCCCUGUGAGAAGGAGCCAACAAAUGCUUUAGAGAGCAUGAAGCUUCAAGCCCGAGAGGACAUAACUGCCAGCGCACAGCAUGCUCUGCGGCUGCUUGCUUUCCGUCAGAUCCACAAGGUUUUGGGCAUCGAUUCCCUUCCAGCGUCUAAGGCCAGCGCACGCAACCGCAAACGACGGUGGGACAUCAAUGAGACGGGGGAAGGAGAGGGGGAGGGGAAAAAAGACAAGAAGGAAGAAGAAGCAGCGAGUGCUUGACCUCUGCCUCCAGGGUGGAGUUUGCUAGUGUAGAGACUGGUAGAAUGUCAUAGUUAUUAUUAAUUUUUUUCAUUUCCAAAAGAACUUUAACAUGCAGCUGCGUGCAUAUAAACGUACCUUUGACUCUACAUGUUACCUGCAAAUCCUGAAGAAUCAGGUCUUUUUCUGAGGUUUGAACACCAUUUCUUCUCCCACCUAUAUUCAGUGUGAUCUAAACGGUACAAAGCAAAUAGUCUAAAACAAAAUCGUGGACGUAAUUGGUUGCAUCAUUCCACAUGAGUCAAACAGCUCACUAACUACUGACCAUCUUCCUCCUUAGUUUAUUCUCACCACCAUUGUUUUGUCCUAAUAAACCCCCAGUUAAAGCAACACAUCUGCACCUUACGCUUUAUGUUCGGGGUGUUCAAGUGAAGAAACUCUUCAGACCUCAGUGGAAACAUCCACCUCCUGGGGACUGACAGAGGUAAAAGUGCUGCUGAAGGGUUUUCACUAAGAAAGAUAAGGUGCUUUCAACUUGUGAGGAAGAUUAGAGAAGACCGCUUCAUAAAGAUGUUAUGUAAGUAAUAGAAAUGAUGAAUAUUCAUAUCAGUUUUGCACCCUUUAAUGCGUUUUUAUGUAUAUAUGCAUUUAAAAGCUGGGUGGAGAUGAGACAUGCGUUCAGACCACAAACCAAAGGAAAACUCGGACUUUGAGAGUGAGUCGCAGCUAAGAUAAGUCGUGAAAACGUCACAAAGGUGGCUACGCCUGAAAAUAAAUCCGUCUGAAGAGAGGUUUGUUUUUGCACAGUUAAAUGCUUGGGGAGCAAAGCACUUAAGACAUAAUAAAGUAUGCAGCCGUACAAUUAUGCUUAGUAAUUUUUAUUUCCAAUGGAUGAUGUGCAGAUUGGAGAAGAUUUAGUUGGGGGGGGGGGGGAUCUGUAGAAAUAUAGCGGUUACAGUCCUUUGACCUUCCUCCUUGUGCCUGAAUCAUGUAUUUAAAAGACAAAGUUUGAGGAACAUUUAUAUGUUGUUUUUGUGUGGGUAGUGCUGUUUUGGUCUCAUUUAUAUGAGUUGUAUAGGAAAAGGACAGUUGCACAACUUUGGCUUCUAAAAGCAGACCUGAGAGACUUGCUGUGUGUUUUUAGUUCCAUAUUUGUUUACCAAUAGCCUCUUAUUGCUUAUUUUAUUUACAGCGGGUGUUGCGGUCUCUUUUGUAUUGUUGAAACAGGAAGUGUGAACGUUGCUGUCUGAAUGUAUUUGUAGUGUUGCCUCAUUAAGGAGGGAAAUAAUAAAACACUCUUAAGCCA